AUCAUCCAUGCAGACCAUGAGACAGAUGAACAGCAUGAUGAAUUCCUUGUUCAAUGAUCCAUUCCAAAACAUGAUGGGGCAAAAUGCUCUCAUGCCUUAUGGCAGAGGCAUUCACAAUGAUAUGCCAGUCUCACUUUUUGAUCCUAAUUUUGGAAGAUUUGGUUUUAACAACAUGGGAAGUAAUGGAAAUUGUCAUUCAUUUAUGAGUCAAUCAGUAAUGACUAUGUCCAGUGGUCCUGAUGGUCGACCACAAGUUUAUCAGGAGACCAUGUCUACAAGAAUGGCACCUGGUGGCAUAAAAGAAACUAAACAGACAGUAAGUGAUUCUCUCACUGGAACCAGGAAAAUGGCUAUUGGACAUCACAUUGGUGAGAGGGCACAUAUCCUUGAAAGAGAGCGAAAUAUGCAUGGUGAGGAAGAAGAACGACAGGAAUUUAUCAAUCUUGAUGAAGAGGAGGCAGAGAGUUUUAAUCAUGAGUGGGAAACACGCACACGUCGUGUUGCUGGUUCAAUUGAUGGUCCAAAUUCAGCUACAGCUGCUAACAUCAGGCAUCAUCCAGAGCCAAGACAAUUAGCUUUACCAUCUACUACGGAUCAACCGGCAAGUCGACAUUCUAAUAGAAGAUGGGUACCUUCUGCUAGACGUGCUAUAAGGUCUUUAAAUCCCUUGAAAAUAAAAAGUACAUCUUCAUCUUCAAGGUACAGCCGCAAAUAUUAAUAAGUUAAAAACAUAGUAUACACCAGUGACGCUUAUGCAACCUUGAAAUCUCCAGAAUCCGCAGCGUCUGCGAGAGCUGAAGCAUCAUCGACGUCAUCGUCUACGUCAGGAUCUCGAAAACGCGAACAUAAGCCGGAUAGACAAAUUAGUAAUAAGCGUCACGUUCCCCCUAGUGACAACUAGAAUGUCUCAACUUACUACUCGUGACAUAUUUUAUUCUAUCCAUAUUGUGAAACCUCACAUAACGAGACUUAUUUUAAACUAGAAAUAUCAUUUUUUACUAUUUAUUAAAGUUUCGGGAUAAUUAUAUGAUUAUUUUUCUAAAUUAUUCUCUGAUCUGUUUAUAAAUAAUAUUAUUUCAACUAUUAUUUGAUUUAUAAUUAUCUAUCAAAUUUAUGCAUGUUAAAACAAUAACAAAAUUCUUUUGUUUCUUUUGUGUAGGAAUAUUUAUUUGCAUAGAUCUGCAAACUAUAAUCUCAGUUAUGUCAGGAAAAUUAAGGAAAUAUAUGAAUUUUUAAAAUAUAGCUCAAACUUCUGUCAGUAAUUAGAGAAGUUACGGUAAUUUUGCAUAUUAUUUUCGUACGUGUUCUAUCAUCUAAAUAUAAUCAUAUUUAUUAUUAAUAUAUUAUCAAGAACUAUAUGUUCAUUGAUUAGUUUAAUUUCCACUAGUUUUGUUAUUAUACAAUUAAAUAUAUCCAAAAGUGUAAAGGGAAUAAAUAAAUUUCUUGUUUC